GAAGAACGUCGCGUGGGGGAUGUGAAAAGUGUUUUUUUCACAACCUGUGACUAACUGGCCCGUUUUUUUUUCUCGUCACGUUUCGUUGGAUACGUCGGGCGCUCAGCUGUGGCACGGGUAUGUGACGGCUGAAGAUGUUUUGAUAGUAAAGAUUCGUACGUAAAAUUUUCAACCGAGACACGAAGUGUCAUCCGUUCGAAGGCCGAAACGGGCUUUGUUAAGUGUAUCGGCGGAAAAACAAGCAAUUUAUGAUGGGGACAAGUUUCGGAAUAUCCCACGUCGAAGUUAUCGCGAUCGUUUAAUCACGACGUUGGGAUUAACGAACCGAACCACGUUGCCCGAGAAACGCAAAGCUAGAGCUGACGUUACUUCAAAAUGGGGAAUUGUUUGAAACGCGCUGGAAGCGGCCACCAGGAUAAUACCACUUUGCUGAGUAACAAUACUGAUCCUCCUACGUUAACUAGCGGUUCUCUGCAAGAAGGCCUUGGACCUCCAAUACCUAACAAUGAGGCAGUUACCUUUUCCUAUGCACCAGUUUUCACAAGGGAACUUCAUCUUCAACAAAUUGGCAUCGGUGUUAAUCUAGGAACAGGUAGCGAAGAAGAACAACAAGUUAGAAUAGCAAAGCGCAUUGGACUUAUCCAACACUUGCCUAUGAGGGAAUAUGACGGAACUAAAAAAGGAGAAUGCGUGAUAUGUAUGAUGGAGCUUCAAGUGGGAGAGGAAGUGCGUUAUUUACCCUGUAUGCACACUUAUCAUGCUGUAUGUAUCGACGACUGGUUGCUACGUUCCUUGACUUGUCCAUCGUGCAUGGAACCAGUAGAUGCAGCACUGAUUAGUUCGUACCAUCCAACUACUUAACACCAUGAAGAUGGGAAAUGGAAUAAAUAGCUAAUCGGUAAUCAAACAAUAUUAUUGCUGAACAGAAAAAUUGAAAGAAGAACCAUUAAUUUUAUUACCACGUAUAAUGGCUUCUAAUUAGCAAAGGGACCUUUUCUUGUUAAUGGUCGAUCAUAUUUGCCAUUGUAUCCACCAUACCUGCUCAUAUGCUAAGUAAUAAUAAUACUUGUAUUAUAAAAAGUUUCAAAUGUCUUCUACAUAGGUCAUUCCCUCUUACAGGGUAAUGUUCUACACACGGAUAAGAAGUAAAGUGUAUUUACGAUCAGAAAGCAAUCGCCAUAGUUGUUAAUUUUCUGCUAAAUCUAAAGAGUAGCUUUUCUUUCAUAUGGCUGCAAAAGAUACACUAUCUAAUGCUCGAAUUUACGAAGCAACCGAAGAUGUGAGAUCUUGUUAAAAAUACUUUCAGUUGAAGGAAGGGUAGCAUCUACUUGACUUUGGUGAUUUUGUCGAGUAGUUAUAGCCAAUUGUAUGCAUUGUGAAUAUCAUAAGUAAUAUUAUGUAUCACAAAAAAUAUCGCACUAUGUAUAUUUUCAACCAUAUUUACGAUGGUUUCAUGUUUCCAAAUACUAAAAACCUAUUUUCGGAAUAUAUCUUGUGGCAUAUAAAGUUAAUCUUAUUGUUUUUAAAUAUAAUGCCUCUUAUUUCAAUGUGACCUGGCCUUAGAUUAUGAAUAAUCUUUCUUCUGAAAAUAGUACAUAUUGUAAUCGAAGAAAUUCUAAAGAAAAGGUAUUGGUAUUGCGUGUCUCUUAUUUAUAUUCCGAAUUACUUCACACAAGGAAACAGGCUGGUUGGAUUUUAUAUUUAUAUUAGUAUCUAUCGAGUAUCAUUUAUAUGUCCUUUUUAUAUACACAUAGUUACACUGCAUUCAAAUUAUUUAAAAGUUUAGAUUUAUUAAUUCUAAUGGCCUUAUCGGCAAAAUUUUUAUACGACCGUAACGACCAUUAUACGUAUUGUUACGUUGGUGCUUUCGUCAUAAGCAGUAGCAACGCAAUUAUCAAAGUCUCGUUUAAUGCAGUAAUUAAACACGUCUUACUUGGAUAUUUUUCCGUUGCGUUUUCUUACUAGUAGUAACAAUAAUCGUGUAUCGCAGUAGGUAUCUACGUAUAAGAAACUCAUCCUUUAUUUUUAUAAAAGUAUUCAUACAGAAUAUACAAUUUGGGAGAUUUUGUUGAAUAGCAUUAUAAAAUUCAAAAUACAAUUUCGAUUUCAAAUGGAGAAACGUAGUUCGUAUAACAAUUUAAACUCAAUCUAUUCCAGUUCGAUAUAAUCGUAACUUAAACAAAAGGCUGCACGAUUUAACUUAGAUUUCUACGUGGACUUAAAGCCCAUAAAUAAAAUUUUCGUAAGAAUAAAAAAAAACUGCAACAGUUAUGAUGGUUUUCCAACCCAUAACGUUAAUAGAAAUUGGACGAAUCGGUCGAUUUCAUACAUAGAAUAUAAAUGUAUAUAUUCUUUUAAGAGUACAUAUACGUACAUAUAGUAUAUAUACAUACGUUUCCUACUUGGACGAAAAUAUUUUAAUGUUUUAUGGAAGCUUCAUGUGUAAUGUUAAUAAUUUGUUUGGAAGAAAAGUAAGCGAUGCUGUGAAAUAGUGAUUUACUGACAAGAUAUAAAUAUUCAGAUAGAAAUUGAAUAAUAAUAAUAAUAUAAAUAUUUAGUAACA